CACCAUACCAAUGUAUUGAUACAACAAUUAUAUUUUGGUGAUUGGUGACGACUGCAGCACGUGCGAAAACACCGUGGAAUAUAUACUAAAUAUUAACAUUACAUUUUAAAACGUUCUUCACAACCCCGGUCAAAAUGGGUAUGAGCAAUUCGUACCAGUUGUUCUGCUUCAUGUUUGCGGUGAUCAAGGUGUUGUUCCUGACAAGUGCCGUCUACCAAUUUGCCACUUGCAAGUAUGAAUGUCCUCCGUCGUCGGUCACCUCGUUUCUCGUGUUUGCCACCUUCCUGUUGACGCUGUUCCCAACGUUGAUGAUCAUUGGGAUCCUCAAGAAACAUCUCCAGCUGGUCCGCAUCUACAAGGUGUACAGCCUCGUUGAAAAGUCGAUGAUCAUUUUCUUCAUGAUUGUUUCGAGCUUUUUCAUGGUCGAGCUUGUCCAGCUGUACGCUCGGAAGCACUACAUGGACGAAACGGAACAGGUGUCCGUGUUGCUGUUCCACGCCGUGAACGGGUGCUUGAUCCUGUUGACUGCGCUUUACAUGAUCUUCCGCAACUGGAUGAUGAACGGUACCGUCGAGUCUAUCAAGCAGGACAUUGCCCUGAAACGUGGCGAAACCUUCGUUCUGACUUACCAUGAUGGAUAUUCGGUGGCGUAAUUUGCUGAGCAAAAGUGCGAUUUUUCUUUACUGAAGUUAUUCAGUAUUCUGAAUGAUUUGAUAACUACGUUAAGCUAAAUAAACAAGUAUACUAAAAUGAA